CUUUCCUUCCCAAGCACCGAGGAGGCCCCAGCUCCCUAGGGGCUGAGAAGCUGGAGUCCUGGGGAAGGGGAGGAGCUGAGUCACAGUCUUGCAAGACCCCCGCCCUCCUCCGUCCACAGGAAGCAUGAACAGAAAAGACAGCAAGAGGAAGUCCCACCAGGAAUGCACCGGAAAGACAGGAGGGCGGGGCCGGCCCCGCCAAGCGCGCCGCCACAAGACAUGCCCCAGCCCCCGGGAAAUCAGCAAGGUCAUGGCUUCCAUGAACCUGGGCCUGCUGAGUGGGGGCGGCUGCAGCGAAGAUGAGCUGCUGGAGAAAUGCAUCCAGUCCUUUGACUCAGCUGGCAGCCUGCGCCAUGGGGACCACGUGCUCAACAUGGUGCUAGCCAUGCACAGCUGGGUGCUGCCCUCUGCCGACCUGGCUGCCCGCCUGCUGACCUCAUAUCCUCCGAGACUGUGAGCUAUGGGUGGAGGGCAAGGGACAGAGAGCCUGGGCAAUGGGAAUGCGGAGCGGGCAGGUCACAAAUCCUGGAGAACAGAGCCUUGACCAGAACUCAAGUAUCAGAAGGCCACAGGGGACGCCCAGGAGCUGAGGCGGCUGCAGAUCUGCCACCUGGUCAGGUACUGGCUGACCCAACACCCUGAAGUGAUGCACCAGGACUCCCAGCUGGAAGAAGUCAUGGGUCGUUUCUGGGCCACGGUGGCCCAGGAGGGCAACUCGGCCCAAAGGAGCCUGGGGGGCUCCUCUAACCUCCUGAGCCCUGGUGGCCCUGGGCCCCCACCCCCCAUGAACAGCCCAGGCCUAGGCAAAAAGCGCAAAGUGUCCUUGCUUUUCGACCACCUGGAGACGGGGGAGCUGGCUCAGCACCUCACCUACCUGGAGUUCCGGUCCUUCCAGGCUAUCACGCCCCAGGACCUGCGGAGCUACGUUUUGCAGGGCUCAGUGCGGGACUGCCCGGCUCUGGAGGGCUCUGUAGGUCUCAGCAACAGCGUGUCCCGCUGGGUGCAGGUGAUGGUGCUGAGCCGUCCCGGGCCCGCACAGCGCGCACAGGUGCUGGACAAGUUCAUUCACGUGGCACAGAGGCUCCACCAGCUACAGAAUUUCAACACGCUGAUGGCGGUCACAGGGGGUCUGUGUCACAGUGCCAUCUCCAGACUCAAGGACUCCCAUGCCCACCUGAGCCCUGACAGCACCAAGGCCCUGCUGGAGCUCACUGAGCUCCUUGCCUCCCACAACAACUAUGCCCGCUACCGCCGCACCUGGGCUGGCUGUACAGGCUUCCGGCUGCCUGUGCUGGGCGUGCACCUCAAGGACUUGGUGUCCCUACAUGAGGCACAGCCUGACAGGUUGCCUGACGGCCGCCUGCACCUAUCCAAGCUGAACAGCCUCUACCUGCGGCUGCAGGAGCUGGCGGCCCUCCAAGGGCAGCGUCCACCCUGCAGUGCCAACGAGGACCUGCUGCACCUGCUCACGCUCUCCCUGGACCUCUUCUACACAGAGGACGAGAUCUAUGAGCUCUCUUAUGCCCGGGAGCCACGCUGUCCCAAGAGUCUGCCACCCUCCCCCUUCAAAGCUCCUCUGGUGAUGGAGUGGGCCCCUGGUGUGACAUCCAAGCCGGACAGGGUCACACUGGGUCGGCACGUGGAGCAGCUGGUGGAGUCCGUGUUCAAGAAUUACGACCCUGAAGGCCGAGGAACCAUCUCUCAGGAGGACUUUGAGCGGCUCUCAGGCAAUUUUCCCUUCGCCUGCCAUGGGCUUCACCCACCCCCACGCCAGGGGAGAGGCUCCUUCAGCAGAGAGGAGCUGACGGGGUACCUGCUCCGGGCCAGUGCCAUCUGCUCCAAGCUGGGCCUGGCCUUCCUGCACACCUUCCAUGAGGUCACCUUCCGCAAGCCUACCUUCUGCGACAGCUGCAGUGGCUUCCUCUGGGGUGUCACUAAGCAAGGCUACCGCUGUCGGGAGUGCGGUCUGUGUUGCCACAAACACUGCAGAGACCAGGUGAAGGUGGAGUGUAAGAAGAGGCCAGGGGCCAAGGGCGAUGCCGGGCCCCCCGGAGCCCCUGUCCCACCCAUGCCAGCUCCCCACGCCAGCUGUGGCUCUGAGGAAAAUCUCUCCUACACGCUGUCCCUGGAACCUGAGACUGGGUGCCAGCUUCGCCAUGCUUGGACCCAGACUGAAUCCCCACACCCUUCCUGGGAACCAGAGACGGUGCCCUGCCCAGUAAUGGACCCACCAUCAAGCCCAUCCUCCAAGCUGGAUUCCUAGGCAUCUCUCGGUCUUCUCUUUCCCUCACUCCCUACCCCAGUCAGUCCUGAGUCCUGCCGUCGGACUCUGGUAGGGCUCCCAGAGGUAGGACCCCUAGAGGCAUCCGCCUUCCCAUCCACACUGCCUUCGGUGGUUCGACAGUCAUCAUUUUCCCUGGCAGUGACUUUCCUCUCUUGCAUGGUGGUGGAUACUAAUCCUCCUCCCUUUCCCUGCACUUAGUAUCUGUGCAGCUCUGUGUUGGACACAUUUAGACUCAGGCCUCAUUUCACCAACUCCCUAAAUCUCCGUUUCAAAGAUAAGGAGACUGAGGCUCCUUGAAGUUAAGCCAAGGUGGCACAGUUCCCAAGGGCUGGAGGUAGAUUCAAACCCAGGUCUUCCAUCUGCUCUAAAACUAAAGCUCCUGACCAACAUGCUAUGGGUCAGGAGAGGGUAAGGAUAGAGCAGGUCUCUGGGAUUAUAGUCAGGAGAGAAAACUGGGUAGCAGGUAGAGCAGGCAACCAGUGGACACCUCAGUGAGAUCACAUCCAUCCUCUGCUCAGGGGAAACGCCAGAGUCCUCACUAUGGCCCCCAUCACCCCUCUGACCUUGCUUCCCACCCUUCGACCUGCUUCAGCUACACUGGCCUCAACGUGCCCUGAACAUGCCCCAAAUAAUCCUACCUCAGGGGCCUUCAUACUGGCUGUUCCCCAGCCUGGAAUGCUCUUCCCCAGAGGCCCGUCUGGCCCCCGCUUUGGAACUGUGCUCCAGUGGCACCUUCUCAGUGAGGCUUCCCCUAACCAUAGUCAAGAUGCAAGUCCCCUGUCCCCUCCUAGUUCUGAUCCUGCCUCCAUGCUUUAUUUUUUUAUUUUAUUUUUAUUUUUUGAGACAGUCCCACUUUGUUGCCCAGCCUAGAGUGCAAUGGCACAAUCUCAGCUCACUGCAACCUCUGCCUCCCUGGUUCAAGAAAUUCUCCUGCCUCAGCCUCCCGAGUAGCUGGGAUUACAGGCAUGCGCCACCACACAGGGAUAAUUUUUGUAUUUUUAGUACAGAUGGGGUUCCGCCACGUUGGUCAGACUGGUCUCAACCUCCUGGCCUCAGGCGAUCCACCCACCUCGGCCUCCCAAAGUGUUGGGAUUACAGGUGUGAGCCACAGCGCCCUGCCCCUGCUUUAUUUUUCUGCACAGAACUUUCCCCAUCUGACAACCUAUACUUUUCCCCUUUAUCUAGCUUAACAUCUGUCCUUCCUCACCAGGAACGUCAGAAUAUCAGUUCCAGGACAGAAGAGAUUUCUUUUUUUAUUUUUUGAGACAGAGUCUCGCUCUGUGGCCCAGGCUGGAGUACAGUGGCACGAUCUCGGCUCACUGCAAUCUUGCCUCCCAGCUUCAAGCGAUUCUCCUGCCUCAGCCUCCUGAGUAGCUGGGAUUACAGAUGCGCACCACCACACCUGGCUAAUUUUUGUAUUUUUAGUAGAGACAGGGUUUCACCAUAUUGGCCAGGAUGAUCUCGAACCCCUAACCUCAUGAUCCGCCCACCUCAGCCUCCCAGAAUGCUGGGAUGACAGGUGUGAGCUGCUGCGCCCAGCCGGGAGUAGGGAUUUCUAUCAGUGUCUUACACUGCUGCAUCCCCAGUGCCUAGAACAGGGCUGGCAGGUGGUAGGUGCCUGACAGAUGUUUGUCCGAUCCCUGAGUGUCUCCCUACCCAUGCCCAAGGCACAAGAAAGAUGUGCUUUGGGCAAAGAACUUUGAGGGUCAGAGCAGCAGGGGCCCAUUCAGACCGAGGGAGCAGAGACACCCCAACCCCUUCACAAACCCAAGCACCCCUGACUUGGCCCCCACAGAGAGAGGUCCUACAACUGUCAUAAAUUAAAUUUAUUCUC